CCGUUUUUAGGAGCGGCUAAUAUUUCGGUAUAUCAUACCGUGUUGUGGGCGGGGCUUGGGGUUGCUAUGGUGGUGACGCGGUCAUGGUAACGCCGCGACGCUUCGCAGCCCGGAAGUAACCCUAACUUGUGUGAGGCUAGUGUAUUAGCGGGGCGAAAUUAAGGUUUAUAAAGACAUAUGUAGUUAACCAGAAUUAUAAUUAUACUUAAAAGUACGAUAGGAUAUAAAAUAUUCCCCCAACGUGCGACUCAUCUAUCAAACACAGUCAGUUGAGAGGAGAAAGCUAUAGCUGCGGUUAUGUUAGCAUGCAUGCUAGUAAAGUUUAGCUAAAACACGGAGCUCGUGCUGUAUCGGGGUUAAUAAUGGGAUUUUAUGAAGUGUAUUCUCACCCGGUUUUAAUCCGCUAUAAAGCCAGUGUGUGUUCCCGGGCCAGUGUGUUUGUGCUGGUGGUGUAUCUGCUCACAUACAUCCCUCCUCUACUCAUCACCUACAGGAGCCAAGGGUUCUGGCUGAAACAGAGCUCGUAUGAAGAACAGCCUGUGGUUCAGUUCCAGUAUGAGAUGUUGAUGAUGGGUGUGACGAGUGUUAGUGGAGAUUAUGUAGCGUGGAGCACCUUCUCCAACUUCAACACCCUGCUGGGGGACAAACUGCGCAUUCCCACCGUGUCUGUGCGAGAGAGCGACAGGAAUGGUGAUGGCAAAGCAGACCGUCUGUCUCUGCAGCUGUCGAUCCCUCUGAACAGUGCAGAGCAGAUCUACAGCGUCCAACUACUGCUCACCUUCUCCUACCAACUCCAUCGGAUGUCGGUGGUGGUGAUGCAGUCGAUGUUGUUGCUCCAGUCCUCGUCUCCUGUCCCCGUGUCUCAGCUCUUCAUCAGUGGAGAUCUGAAGCUGCAGCAGAAGGAGCCUCUCUCUCACCGCGGUGUACACACUGAUUAUAACGUGUCUGUGAUCGACUCAGCGAGUCCUUUCGCAAACUCUUAUGAUCUCACCACCAUCGUCAGGAACUACCAGGAGAGAAACUUAACCACCUAUCUAUCGUGUCCUGUCCCAGUGUGGACUUUCGGUCGAGCAGCGAACGCACCGUUUCAGAUUAUCGCAGAAAUCCGUUACCCAGUGGAGACAAUAACAUAUCCUUUACACACUUGGGUCCUGUGCUCCCACAACAAGGCCGGCAGUGUUGAGAGACAAGGCGUGAUGAUAAGCUGAUAAUCACUGUGGCACUAGCAGUUGUUAUAGAGCUUGUUGUUAGGCAGCAGUAACACUAGUAGUACGAAUACUUUCUGUCUAAUGUAAACAAUAGUUACUGUAUAAUAUUAUUCGUAUCCAGCGUCUGUAUAAUAUACAGUGGUGCAUGAAAGAAUUUUCUACAUUUCUGCUUAACUAUGACCUAAAACUUAGUUGGAUAACGACUCGUGUGUUUAGGGUCGUCGUCUUGCUGCAUGACUCACUUUCUCUUCAGAUUCAGUUCAUGGACAGAUGUCCUGAUAUCUUCCUUUAGAGUUCGCUGCUAUCAUUCAGAACUCAUUGUUCCAUCGGUGAUGGCGAGUCGUCCUGGUCCAGAACCCCGACAAUACCACCACCAUGUUUCACAGAUGGGAUCAGGUUCUUAUGCUGGAAUGCAGUGUUUUCCUUUCUCCAAACAUAACGCUUCUCAUUUAAACCAAAAAGUUCUAUUUUGGUCUCCUCCAUCCACAAAACAUGUUUCCAUUAGACUUCUGUCUCGUCCACGUGAUCUUUAUCAGACUGCAGAAGGGCAGCAAUGUUCUUUUUGGAGAGCAGAGGCUUUCUCCUUGUAACCCUGUCAUGUACGUCGUUGUUGUUCAGUGUUCUCCAGAUGGUGGACCCGUGAACGUUAACAUUAGCCGAUAUGAGAGAGGCCUUUAGGUACUUAGAAGUUACCCUGGGGUCCUUUCUGACCUCGUGGACUAUUACACGCCUUGCUCUUGGAGUGAUCUUUGUUGGUGUCCACUCCUGCGGAGGGGAACGACGAUCAGUACGACAGUCAGUAGCUCUGUGGUGUAAAGCACGAGUUGAUGAGUCCCCUUUUGCGUCCACGUGUUCCGUGAACACCAAUAACUCUGAGAUUAUUCGCAGCUAGUUCCCUUUCAGGUCCACUUUACCAGGACUGACUAAGGUUGGGUUCAUUUAAAUAGAACUGUAUGUGAAAACACCUUAAAAUUACAGGUGACCUGUACAUAACGGGUGACGUCUCGAUGUCGAGUGUGUUUCUCUUCCUUAACUGCGUGCGUUACGUAUCGGCCGGGUUUCUGGGAGACGGUGAAGUUUGCCUGGGUUCAGUACGUCAGCGUGUUGCUCAUCUUCCUCUGGAUCUUCCAACGCAUCCAAACCUUCGUCUUCAACAACCGUGUCCUGCCCACUGUACC